AUGGAAAUUUGUAUUCUAAUUUCGGGGACGGAUAUACAACGCCUUAGUCGGGAAGAAAUGGUGGCUGCUAUGUAUAAUCAAACUUCCCAGACUAAUGGGGACCAUGGAGCAUUGAAUAUGGAUGCAAAGGACUGUAAGUCUGCUGAGUCUUUCAAGCUCACUGGAGUUAGAGACUGAUCAGUAGGGUGACAGAUCCCAGACUGAUGCCUACUUCUGAAUAUUCGACCGAGCAGCAAAACAAAGCUCAAGUCAAGGAUCAACCACAAUGUGAUCUGACCACUAGCGACGGCAUAGAGCUAGUCUAUGGGAAACUGGUCGAAGUAAAGGACAAAUGUCUCAACAGCCGGACGCCGAUGAUGGAAAUGGCGCGCAUAAAGGACAAGCAAAUACAAGAAUUGACUUCGAAGUGUGCGAGAUUCGAGGAUGAUGUGAGGUGUAAAAGAGAGGAACUCGAGAAGAGUCAAGCAGGACUUUGCAAGAUUAUGAACAUUACUCAGAAAGUGGAUGACGAGGUGAGUACCCGUCGGCUCGAUGCUUGAAAACACCCUGUCUGCAUCAUGACAAUGGUUCGGGUCGUGCCUGCACGCUCUCCAACCAGUUACUCUUUGGAUAUUGAACAAGUGCUGAUGCAUAGUAGUUUUCAGGUAUGACGGAACAACAAACUUUCCAGGUGGAUAGGUUAAGGGAGAAAUUGAAGGAUUAUGAAGCGUUCGCUUCCUCCAACAUGGGACAUCUCAAUCGUGCAAUUCAGAAACCGAGUAUCGGUUUAGCCCACGGCAGUUCUGUCAGUCAGAGCCUAGCGAACGAGCUCGGAAUGCUUCGAGGUGAUAUUGUCCAAGAAAGGUUUUCGAACAGUAUUCUCCAGGAACGACUUCACGCAAGCGAAGAGGAGGCCAAACGCCUCACAUUGAAAUUGGGGGCAGCCCAAGAAGAUAUGGCCAACAUGUAUAUGAUAAACAAGCAGCUCGUGAACUCGUAAAAUGAACAGAGGCAAACCCUGAAGGUAUGUCAAGUCUCCGCCUACUCUUCGAUAUCUGGCACAAAGCUGACUCUUGUAUUUCAGGCCAACAUGAGGAAUUUUGAUGUGAAGUUAAGAGAGGAGAGAGAAAAAACGAACCAAGAGAAACAAAUUCAGACACAAAAAAAGGACUUGAAAGCCCGAGAUACAAUCAUUGAACAUCAAGGAGCAAGCUUGGAACAAGCAAUUGAAGCUUUGGGCAAAGUUCCACCUGGAGUCCUAACGCCAGAUUACAAGCCACUUCAAGUUCAAGUUGAAAUUGACCAGCUCAAAAAAGCAUUAGAUGAAAGCCACAGACAAAUCGAGAAACUCCAGGAAUAUAUCACCAAAAUCGAGAAGCAGCAAAGUACAGAAUUGAAGGAAGUUCCGGAACGUACCUCUAAGCAGCGGAUGAGCUUGAAAAAGGCGGAAGAGGUGGCGAGGGAAUGGCGAAAGGUGCCACUAGAAACGAGGUUGUGGGAGGCGAGAAGGUCGAUAAUAGCGGAGGAUUCUUUUCUGAAGUCUCUGUUGGUUGGGAAGGAGGAGAAGUAUUAG